AUGCAGGGCCCUGGACGGAAACCUAUAUAAUAGACAAGCCCUCCUGGACCCGUGGCUUACCCGUAGCUCAGAGGUAGUCCGUCAAAAGCGUCCCAGGGUUUGUCGCAGAGAGCAAGUCAGGUUUUGUUUCCCUGAGAGAAGAGAGAAAAAUGCAGCUCAUCCAGAGUGUUGCACGAGUGGCUGCCUUCCUGGGCCUCGCCCGGAGACAAUUCGAGCCCGAUUCGUCCCCGUAUGAGGACCCGGAAACCGGCCUGACCUUCGCCUCGUACACCAGCGACCGCGGUAUCACGUUCCGCGUGGCCAUUCCUGAUCCCGUCCCUGAGGACAAGGUAUUCGACACGCUCCUUCAGAUUGUGGCACCCAAGGAGCUCGGCUGGGUUGGCUGGGCCUGGGGCGGCUCCAUGACAUACAACCCGCUCACUGUCGUCUGGGCGGACGGGGACAACGUCGUCCUGUCGUCACGGAUUGCCUACGGCUACUUCAGCCCGCCCGAGAACCCUGACGCGCAGUACACUGUCUUGGAGACGGGAACGCACGUCAACGAGACGCACUUCCAGGUCACGGCCAAGUGCACCGGCUGCUCGAGGUGGGGCGACGAAGACACGGGCUACACCGAGCUCGACCCGGCAUAUCAGACCACCUUCGCAUUCGCCUACUCGGAGACGCCUGUGGAGACCCCCAGCGACCCGGCUUCCAACUUUGGCAUCCACGACAGCCUGGGACAUCCGAUCUACGACCUGGCUACGGCCCAGAAUGCCAACUUUGACGAGGUGGUGGGAGCGCUUUAAGCGCGGCUUCCUGGUCUACCGACCUCGGAGGGUGCCGAGCCCUGUUUUUCUAUCGCGUGCAGAAAGAUUCGGGCAGAUGGGAGGUUGACAUUUCAGACAUAGCAGCACUAAAUAGACUAUGACUUUGUGAAUGUUGCAUUCUCCCGUGUGCCGAGCCCAUAAU